GAUCAGGAACUUGAAAUAGAGAUAGUAGAUAUCCCUCUCCUCCAAGACAUCUCAACAUCAUGACUCCACAAUCUUCUCUCCCGCUCCUAACGACCCUCAAUGGAACAGAAUCAUCCUCCAUCCAGCUCCAGCUCCAGCACAAGCUCCAUCCCUCUCUUCCCAGCAACCUGCCUCAUCCUCUCCUUCAUCUUCUGCCUCUACCGCCUCCGAGCCUCCAUUGCUACCUGCUAUCGUCAUUUCCGACGACAACACAACCAUUACACGCCACUCGCACCCGAAGAUCGAACCCCCCCACCUCCCACCUCCUCAUUAUCAUCCGUGUUAUCAUCUCCCGCAGCCCUCUCCUUUGCCCAGGAAGCAGUCGCAAUUCCAGCUACCCCGUUGAGCAAGUACUUCGAUCCGCAGACUAAUCUACUUUACGACUAUGUGCUUGAGCGGAGGGUCUCCCCGUCUUUGCCGGUGUGGGAGGACGAGGUGAAGAUGAAGCAAGGGUGGGAGGGGGAUGAAGAAGCAGCAGGCGAAGAAGAAGAAGGGGGAUUAGGGCAGGCUGGGGAUAGUGAUGGCACUGGCACUGGCAUUGACCACCCCCCAGAGAUCGGGAUGAAGUGGUUUGAUGGCCUGGUUGAGCGCGUGGUGAGGUACUAUGAGGGGUUGGUUUGGGGGUAA